AUGGCGUUUAGAGGGAGGGAGAUGAUGAAGAAAAUAAUGGAAAAAGUAGGAGGAGAGAAGAGCUUGGCUCCUGGUGUUAAACAAUCUCUUAAAAAAGCCAUACCUGAUAGCAAAGUUGUCAUGAAUCGAGCCAAACGUGGCCUUUUCGCUGGCCGUCACAUCCAGUUCGGUAACCAAGUCAGUGAAGAUGGUGGUAACAAGAGUAGGAGAAGUUGGAAGCCAAAUGUCCAGGAGAAGAGAUUGUUUAGUUACAUCCUAGACCGCCAUGUUCGAGUCAAAGUCACCACUCAUGCUCUCCGUUGCAUAGACAAGGCAGGAGGGAUUGACGAGUAUCUGCUCAAGACUCCUUAUCACAAAAUGGACACAGAAAUGGGCCUCUUGUGGAAAGCCAAGAUUGAGAAGCUAUAUGAAGAGCUUGGGAACAUGGAGGUGGUUUUCUUUUCACCUGAAGAAGAAGCCAAGAUUGAUCAGGACUUCAAAGAUAUGAAGCUAGAGCAGCGGGAGGCUCGUAAGCAAUUAAGAAGACAGAUAUAUGGUUGGUCGGACAAACAGAAGCAGAUUGACGAACAAAAGGAAGAAAAUCUGGACCCUGACAAGUGGGGAGAAAAUCCACAUGAUAUUCCAGAGAAUCAGAUUGCUAAUAUUUGA